AUGGACCACGAAAAGACACCAGUUGCCCAAGGCUAUGGAGACCAACAUGUCAAACACCCUGUUGCAUAUGAAGCGCAGCAGCCUGAUCGCCCACCACGACAGACCUACCACGAUUCAACCAGUGCGCCUGGCCAGUAUGCCGGAGGAUCACAGACAAUGACCCUGCAGCCACCUCCACCACUCCCUCACCGUCUGAGCGUCGACCAACAGCAAGACAUCUCAUCUCCCAUUCACUACACAAGAGACCCACAUCGCCUGGUAGCCUAUCUUGUUCCGUUUCCCAGGCCACAGAAUGCUCCAGUUGGAACGUACCCAACUCGCUUCUUGAUCUACACGCCUCCUCCGCCACCAUUGAGUAAGCCGGCAGAAGGUGAGAAGGAGACCAAGAUCCAUAAAGUUCAACGCAAAUGGCAGGAUGAAGUCAAAGAGGCCAAGACAAGCACAGCCAAGACCAUGUCUUGGAAGGGUGUGAAGAGCAAGGCGACCAAAGGGAUCAGCUGGGGCAUGUGCCAGACGAAGACGAGCAGUCUGGAGUUUCUCAACCGGAUUGGCGCGGGCGAGCAGACUCAGCAAGAUAAUCAUGCCGAGGAUGGCCAUAACGAGACCGAGCAGACCAAAGCCACAGUCAAGCUGGAGGAGAUGCUCCUCGUAUACCCAGCAAGCAUGCCUGGUGACAGUACGCAGAUUCGAGAGGAGUUCGUCAAUACCAUGAUGCGCAGCAAGUCCAAGGCGGAGCGAGAUGCCGUCAUCGCCACAGGUCUCAUGCCUGUAGCGGCUGCCAUCGACAUUCUAGUCACCAUCAUUUGGCCUUUCGGAGGUCUCCUCGAGGUCGAUGCUGUGUGGGCAUAUGCCAGUAUUCGCGGAGCCAAGACCAGUCGCUCGGUGACGAAACGCCUGACCUCGACAUCCACGACCGGAAAGCAUGAGGAGGAUAAACUGCACCUCAACUUCACGCCCUCACCCCGGCUAGAAGUUCUAGAGCGCUACUUGGCUGCUCGGUGCCAUGAGCGUGAUGGGACACAUUUCUCAUACGUUGCAAGUGCUCCGACGGAGACUGAGGUGCUGGAGGCUAUUGGUUGGUUCCCAAGCAGUAAGGGUGGGGCGGAGCAGAACUGGGAAGAUGAGCAGUGGGAGAUUAUGGAGGUCAAGGAUGAUUUCAAGCAAGUUAUGGGCAAGGGUGCCAAGGAGUGGAGCAAGUGGUGUACUCUGUACGAUAAGACGCCAGAGAAGGCGUUGAAGAAGUGA